AUGACUGCACCCACACAUCUCGAUCCCUCGGAGCUAGGCACAAAAUCCUACUGGGACGCUGCCUAUAGCACCGAACGCCAGAAUUUUGCCGCCAACGCCUCUGACGAGGGAACAAUAUGGUUCAGCGACGCGGGCGCGGAGGAGCGCAUGCUCUCUUUCCUCGAAGAUCUCAGCGAUGAAGGGCACAUACUCAAGGAGGAUGCGGGAGAAGAAAAAGGUGCGCGAUUUCUCGAUCUCGGCACGGGAAACGGGCAUCUACUAUUUGCGCUGCGCGAAGAUGAGUGGUGCGGGGACAUGGUGGGCGUAGAUUAUUCGGCACAGAGCGUCACGCUUGCGACUUCGAUUCGCGACGCAAAGGAUGAUUCCUACAGCGACAUUUGUUUUCACGAGUGGGAUAUCUUGUCGCAGCCACCCGGCACAUGGCUGGGUACUGGCUUCGACGUUGUGUUGGACAAGGGCACAUUCGACGCCAUUUGCUUGUCGCAAGAGGAAGAUGCACAAGGGCGUAGGAUAUGUGAGGGAUAUAGGGAGAAGGUCGAGCCGCUGAUGAAGAAGGGCGGCAGGUUUCUCAUCACGAGUUGCAAUUGGACGGAGGAGGAACUGAGGGGCUGGUUUGACGGCGGAGAGUUGGAGUUUGAGGGCAAGGUCAAGUAUCCGAGCUUUACAUUUGGGGGCAAGACGGGCAGUAGUGUUGUUACGCUGUGCUUCAAGAGGGCAUGA